AUGGGUUUCUCAUGCUUCUUCGUCCUUCCCCUGGUCGCCUCCUCCUCCGAUGCUGUUCCGCGGCAUGAGCGGGCUGCUUCUGCCCAGAAGGUGCAGCACAUGUACAAACAUGCCUUUGAUUCCUACAUGUCGCAUGCUUUUCCGGCUGACGAGCUUCGACCUUUGUCUUGCGAUGGCCGGCUUCGGAGGGAACGAGGUGAUCUCGAUGCCAUGCUGGGAAACUAUUCUAUGACGCUUAUUGACGCCUUGGACUCGCUGGUCAUCUUCAGGCGGAAAACAGCUUUCAAGGUGGCCGUCUCGUACAUCGAAGAUAACGUCUACUUCGACAAAGAUCUUGAAGUGAGUACGUUCGAGGUCAACAUCCGCAUUCUGGGCGGUUUGUUGAGUGGCCAUAUGCAUGCCCAGAAGAUUCUGCCAAAGUACACAGGCGGUUUGUUGGACAAGGCGGGCUUGGUUAAAUUGCAGUGCGGUCUGGGAACACAGCCGGCGUGA